AUGGGACUCAAGCACCUCCUGGCAAUGGGUCUGCCCAUCAUGCCAGCGGCCGCAGAGACCGUCCUCGGCAUCUACGUCUUCCAUCGUCACGGCGACCGCACAGCCAAGAAGACGCCCCCUGUCCGCUUCACCGACCUCGGCGCCUACGAGGUCUACACCUCCGGCCUGGAAUACGGCCGGCUCUACGUCCGCGAAAACGCCACCCACCAGAUCCGCAACAUGAGCACCGACGACGUCCUCCCAGAGCAGCUCUCCGUCACCUCCCCCACCGACGUCGUCCUGCAGUCCUCGGCCAACGCUUUCCUCCAGGGCUUCUACCCGCCCUCCGGCACCGUCGAGGCCCUCGCCAACGGAUCCAGCGUCGAGGCGCCCCUCGGCGGAUACCAGUACAUCCCCGUCAACGCCGUCGCCACGGCCUCCACCAGCACAAACGCCGAGAGCAGCGAGUGGCUCCAGGGCGGCAGCGGCUGCGGCAAGGCCGUCGUCAGCUCCAACAACUACUUCUCCUCGCCCGAGUACGCUGCCGUCGACGCCGAGUCCCGCGACUUCUACCAGAGCCUGCUGCCCGUCAUCAACGGCACGUUCGGCGCAAAGGCCGCCACCUUUGAGAACGCCUACUCCAUCUUCGACCUCAUCAACGUCGCCAGGAUCCACAACGACAGCAUCCCCUCCGACUCCCUUCUCACCAACGCCACCGUCCGCUCGCUGACCGACUACGCCAACAUCCACGAGUGGAACCUCGCCUACAACGAGAGCGACCCCAUUCGCGCCAUCGCCGGCAAGGUGUUAGCCGGCCAGGUCCUCCAGGCCCUCAACGCGACGCUCAAGGACGCCGCCAAGUCCUCCUCCGUCAAGGCCAACAUCCAGUUCGGCGCCUACGCCAGCUUCUCCUCCUUCUUCGGCCUCGCCCAACUGCAAAAGGUCUCGGCCGACUUCCAGACCGUCGUCGACUACGCCUCCUCCAUGGUCUUUGAGCUCGUCACCAAUGCCACCUCCGCCAGCCCCGCCGCCGACGACGUCGCCGUCCGCUUCCGCUUUGCCAACGGCUCCGCCGGCAUCAACAACCUCACCGUCUACCCGCUGUUUGGACAGUCCGAGACCGUCUUGCCGUGGAACACGUUCGUCACCCAGAUGCGCCAGUUCGCCAUCGAGGAUACCAAGACAUGGUGCACCGCCUGCGGCAACUCCACCGGCACCUGCGCCACGGCCCUCGGUCUGGACGGCAGCACCGAUGCCAACGGCUCCGGCUCGAGCGGUAGCAAGGGAGGCGUCUCAACCCCUGUGGCGGGCGUCAUUGGCGCGCUCGUGACGCUGGUCGUGAUCCUGGGUAUUCUCGGCCUCGUCAUGCUCAUCGGUGGCCUACGCUUGGUCAAGAAGUCCAAGAUCACCAAGGACGUCCCUGCCGCUUCUACUGCGGAGCAGACUGGUGGUGCCAAGCACUAA